AUGAAGCUGAGAAGUUUGGUAUGGAUGUUGGAGCCGUACUGUACACUAUUUCGUAAAAAUCAUUCAUCGUUGAUGGAGAAGAUAUCAGAGAAGAUUCAUUCACAUGAUUCAUCAUCAUCGUCUUCAUCUGAUUCUGAUAAUGAAAGGGAAGUUAAACAUCAGUCAGUACCUAAAUCUUCAUCAGCAAAAGGUGUUCAUUCUUCUAUUAAUCGCCUCUUGGGAACGAAGAAACCUGUUAAUCAUGUCUUUGGUGGUGGAAAGCCUGCUGAUGUUUUCUUAUGGAGGAACAAGAAGAUUUCAGCUAGUGUUCUUGGUGGAGCUACUGUUACAUGGGUUUUAUUUGAAUUGUUGGAAUACCACUUGCUCACUUUGGUCUGCCACUGUUCUAUAUUGACUUUGGUUGUUCUGUUCAUGUGGUGGAAUGCAUCUACCUUCAUCCAAAAGUCUCGCCCAAAUAUUCCUGGAGUCCAUCUUCCUGAGAUAGAAGUUCACUGGCAUCGUUUGAUUAAAGAAUUUGUGGUGGUGUUGAUGGUGGAGGUGCAGGUUUUGGAAGAGGAUGCGGAGGCAGUGGUGGUGAUGGAUCAGGUUUUGAGGAUAAUUUGGAUUUGGAGUUAG